AUGGUACCGACAUACGCGUGGUUGUGGACGCUACUCGCCUUUGUUCUGACAUGGAUGGUUUUUCACCUCAUCAAGAGAAAGGCGGGGGAUACGGAGGAAGCAGAGGCAGAGGAGAGAAGAGACGAUGUCACUGAUGUUAUAAUUGUUGGGGCGGGUGUGGCAGGCUCGGCUCUAGCUUAUGCUCUUGCUAAGGAUGGGCGGCGAGUACAUGUGAUAGAGAGGGACUUGAAAGAACCUCAAAGAUUUAUGGGAGAGCUGAUGCAAGCAGGAGGACGCCUCAAAUUAGCUCAGCUUGGCCUUGAAGGUGUGGUUAAAGGAGUGACAUACAAGAACAGCGCAGGGGAAGAAAUAAAUGCAUUUGCACCUCUCACUGUGGUAUGCGACGGUUGCUAUUCAAAUCUUCGUCGGUCAGCCAUCGAUAACAAAGAGGAAGUGCUCUCGAAUUUUGUGGGAUUCGUCGUAAAGAAUAGCCGACUUGAAGAUCCUCAUAGUAUGCAUCUGACAUUUGCUAAACCUUUACCCUGUGUGUUAUAUCAAAUAACCAGCGAUGAGGUUCGCGUUGCUGCCGAGCUUCCUGCCGACAAUAUUCCUUCUAUAGCGAAUGGCGAAAUGGUUAACUUUCUCAAGAAAACUCUAGCUCCUCAGAUACCUGAAACUGGAAGGCUCCGGGAGAUAUUUUUGAAAGGGGUUGAGGAGGGACUACAAGAGGUAAAAGUUCAUGCGACUAUGAGUAUGUCAGCGAAGCCGUGUGAUAAGAAAGGAGUGAUUGUAUUGGGAGAUGCAUUCAAUAUGCGUCAUCCUAUAGUCGCUUCAGGGAUGAUGGUUGCACUCUCGGACGUUCUCAUUAUACGUAAUCUUCUCAGGUCAUUGCCUAACAUUGGCAAUACCAAGAAGGUCUCGGAGCUUAUCAAGUCAUUUUACAUCAUCCGCAAGCCAAUGGCGGCUACGGUGAACACACUGGCGGAUGUUUUUUCAAACGUGCUUGUCGCUACAACGGACGAAGCAAAAGAGGGAAUGAGACAAGGCUGCUUUAAUUACAUGUGUAGUGGUGGUUAUAGAACAAACGGAAUGAUGGCUAUUCUUGGAGGCAUGAACCCUCGUCCCCUUACUCUAGCCCUUCAUCUUGUAGACAUCACUCUCUUCUCCAUGAGCCAAUUGCUCUCUCCCUUUCCUUCGCCCCGUCGCUUUUGGCAUAGCCUCAGAAUUUUUGGGUUGGCUUUGCAAAUGUUGGGUGCACAUUUGGUGGAUGAAGGAUUCAAAGAGAUGUUGAUUCCUACAAACGCAGCUGCGUAUCGCAGAAACUAUAUGGCCGUGGCCAGCGACUGACUGUUGAUUGAUCUUCAAAACCAAGACUAUUUAGAACUCAUACAGCUCUAUUUAAAAAAAAAUUGAAUAAAGAAUUGGGUCCUGUUGAGCCUUUGAUUAUGCCUUGUUGU